UGCACGUAUCCUCAACACUGCUGGCAUCACCUUCCUCUGAGUGCUCCUAGAAAUGGCAAACUCAAGAAGCGAAAAGGAUGAAUUAGAAGAAGAAAAUGUGAUACUCACAUUGGUUCCAAUAAGCGAGGAACAUCAUGAACAUCAAAUGGAGCCAAGUGUUUCUUCAACCUCAGACGGCAAACUGACAGCGCCUAGGACGAACGAUAAAGUUAAUCUUUCUCAAAUGAAUGAACAAUUCAAAGAUUGCCCAAAACCAAUCCUUCCCUUGCCGACCAAUUUGCCAUCAUUUAAUAAAGUGCGUCACGACACUUUGCGGAACUGGUGCCAACAAUUGAAUUUGAGUACCGAUGGUAGGAAAAUAGAGGUUUAUCUGAGGCUCAGCGAAAACGCUUAUUUUAAAAAAAAUCGAGUGAGUGGGAAGCAUGGAGACAAUGUAAAGAAUGUUGCUGAAACACCAGAGGAGGCCACAUUGCAGUCAUGCUCCGGGAAACUGACCAAGAGUUCAAGGAGUAAGAAAAGUCAUCAGAUGAGCAAAAGAGAGGAAGAGACUCAUACGGUUGAGAUGACCAGUAUAAUUGAAGUGGCCAAUACAGUUGAAGUGGCCAAUACAGUUGAAGUGGCCAGUACAGUUGAAGUGGCCAAUACCGUUGAAGUGACCAAUACAGUUGAAGUGAUAACUUCAGCUCGUGAGGCCAUGCUGGCAGCGUGGUCAAGAAUUGCUGCAAGAGGCUCGCUAUCUAAGGCUGUGAAUUCAUACAGCAUUCCUAUUUCUGUUGAGAAUUUUCUGCUGCAAACAUCUGGUGUCAGGUGGUGUGUGGUCCAUGGCAGACAUCGCUUAGCAAACAAAAAGGGUUGGGUUCGCCUGCAGUUCCACGCAGGUCAGACCUGGGUGCCUGACACUCCCACGAAGAUGAUUUCUCUCUUACUUUUACCGGCCUGUACUUUCCCAUCCCCAGACCUAGAAGAUAACAUGUUAUGCCCUGACUGUGUUAAGAGGAAUAAAAGGAUGGUGGAGAAAUUAGUUAAAAUCAGGAAGAGAAGAAGUAACCUGGUUUGAACACUCUCAACACAGAAGAAAUGGUGGAGAGCUCACAACUAAAUUAACUUGUGUCCCACUGAUUGCUGUGCUCUGCCCUGGACACCCUCAGCAUUCCUGAUGCCUUGAAUACAGAUGUGAAUGUUAAAUUCUAUAUUGGAGGUUUGCCAAAAAGUGACUGCCACUGCUGCUUCAGGUGUUCAGCUAUGUAGAAUAUGGUUUUGUUGUAAUUAAUAGAUUUUUAAAGCAGCUUUAAGGCUUUUGGAAAAAUUGAGCAGAAAGUAAGAGUUCCCAAAUUCUGUCUUCCAUCCUCCCCAUUUCCCCUACUAUCAACACCCUGCACCAGAAUGGUAAAUUUGUUGAACUUACAUUGACCCAUCAUUAUCACUGAAAGCCCGUAGUUGACAUUAGGGUUCACUCUUUGUGUUUCACACUCUAUGAGUUUUGACAAAUGUAUAGAGAUGUAUCCACUAUUAUAGAAUCAUACAAAAAUAGUUUCACUGCCCUAAACAUUCUGUACUCCUAUUUGACAUUCUCUGUUCCCAAUCCCUGACCCCCUGAUAUUUUUACUGUAUCCAUAGCUUUGUCUUUUCCAAAUUGUCAUACAAUUGGAAUCAUACCGUAGCCUUUUCAUAGUGACUUCUUUCACAGCAAUGUGCAUUUAUUUGGAGGAGCAUGAUUUUUGGAUCUUAUGUUAAGAGGGUUUAGCUUUAUGAGAAACUGCCAAACUUUCUUCCAAAGUAGCUGUACCAUUCUGAA